UAGUCAUGGCGGCUUUCCGCGAUAUGGAAGAGUUGAGCCAGGGGCUGCUGAGCUUGCUGGGCGCCAACCGCGCCGAUGCGCAGCAACGGCGGCUGCUGGGGCACCACGAGCAGGUGGUGGACCGGCUGCUGGAGGCGCAGGACAGCGCGGAGCGGCUACUGCGAGAGAUCCUCACCACGGAGAAGGAAGUGGCCCAAAACCUUGUUGACACGAAGGAGAAGGCGCACCAGGGGGUUGCUGAGUUGCAGCAGCUUGAAGCUGAGCUGCAGAAGGCCAGUGAGGAAGACACUCACCUGAAGGCCAACCUCUUUCAGCUCACCAGCGAGCUGGAGGGGCUCAAGGAGAUGGAGGUGGAUCUCCAAAGACAAGAGAGGGAAGUUGACGAAGACACGACGGUCACCAUCCCCUCAGCUGUGUAUGUGGCUCAGCUAUAUCACCGGAUUAGUAAAAUCGAGUGGGAUUACGAAUGUGAACCAGGGAUGAUCAAAGGCAGUAUCCUUUCCAUGCUGGGUUGUGGGGAGGGCUGUGCAGGCCACGGCGGUUUUCCUUACAUUUGCCCCCUCAGUCCAUCACGGCCCCAGCGUUGCACAGCCCAUCCACCUGGACAGCACCCAACUGUCCAAGAAAUUCAUCAGUGA